GCCACUCGCGCGGCUCGCGCCGAGAACCCGAGUCGGGUCUGUUCGGACGAUUCAUUCCGUAACCUACUUUGCUUCGAUACGUACACGUUUUCAGUUUCAGCUCUCGGUGGCUACACAAUUACUUUGUGCCGUUAGAUGAAUUAAGAGCCCCAAGUAUCUGUAGUAGUUUUUGUAUUUGUUGACAACCGGUUCUUACGGUCUUUUAUUGUACCCGAAACAAUUUCGCUUACAUUGUUUUGAAAACCGAGUGAAACCCAGUGCUACGAUGUUAUAGCUUAAAAUGGUCUAAAAACAAGCUCACCUAAACCCAUCCGAUCGAUUUACGGGCGUUAGCACCCGCCCUAACCUGGUGUACUCUGAAGCGAAGAAAGGUGUGAAGUUCAACGAACAUUUUUGAAUAAUAAUCAUAAAAUAAAAGAGCAUGUAGCUCUUCUAUGAAUGACGAAAAUGAAAAGAAAAAAACAAACCCAAAAUCUGUGAUGAGGAAUUUAUUUACUCAGGUGGAAAGUAUGCUCGGUAAAUUGGUUGUUGUUAGUGAGUAAAAAAGCACAAAAUAAUAGCUUGCGAAAUAAGUGCAAAAAAUCAAUUGCUAAAAGCAAAUUCUGACCAUCAUCGUGUCGUGUCUUUAGCGUACUGUUUUUUUUUUUAUUUGAAUUUGUGCUCGUCCGAAUCAAGUGAAAUGAAAGAGCUACACUACUGGAAUCCGCCAAAUAUAAACACGGAAAUCCUUGGCAAAGUGCAACAAUGAGUGAGUGCAGUGGUUCAACAACUCCCUCAUCGGCUGCAACUGCAAUCACUGCGGUCUGGAAUGAGGAAAAGUAAACACAGAGCCAACACAAAGAAAACAAAAUAGAUCGUGUGAUCUUCUUCCUUGUCACUUGUAACCACAGUGUGUGUGUGUACAUUGUGGUCGAAGUACAUUGUCCUUAUUAAAUGCUCGUUUACGCAUUGGUGUGAUGUGUGUUUGUGUGCCUUUCUUACUCUGCACCGCCGCGUUCUGCAAUAUCUGCUCCGGUCCGUGAUCAUCAUAAACGCAACGUGGAUAAGCAACUAAAAUAUGUCAACUUUACUACUCUUUACUCUGAUCUUAUGGUACUGAGUGAUUCGUGAGAGUGAAAGUCUUCGUCCGUCAAUUGUGUUACAUACGGAGAUCAUUAUGCAGGCUAUAUUAUUCGUCUAUAAACUGCAGCGAAAUGUAUAGCUAGUGAGAAGUGUGUGUGUGUGAUGGAAUAAAAAGUGCACUUAUUAGUGGUCGGUUUUCCGAAUUAUGCGUAGAAACUAAAUAAGCCAAAAUUAUCUGUCUUUGAAAUGGCACGAUCAACUCGUGUGUUCAGUAAUUUUGACAACUAAGAUUGGGAGUGUGUUUGUGUGUGUGCGCUGCAACAAGCGCUCAAGAUCAAAUGAUCAGACAUUUUGCAGUAGUUUUUUUUUGUAUCUCUAUCCAAAUGACUGUGGCAGCCGCCUGUCUGUUGUUGUUGUUGUUGAUUGCAAUAUUCGAAUAUUUUUGUUUGGAAAAAUUGAUAAAACUCAUGUUCAAAAUGUUGAUACCGUGCCGUUGUUCGUGUUGUGGUAGGCUCAAAGCGUCCAAUGUUAAUGUAAAUUGUGGUAAAAACAUUACAUUUGUAAGUAUUGGAAGUAAAGAAGUAAAGCUUGUGGAAAGUUUUCAUAAUACAACGCAACACGGAAAAGUUACUCGUUCAUGUGGUGUGAAGUGUUAAACUACGGUUGAGAUAGAAAAUGAAGCAUAAUUGUUGUUUGUUAAAAAAGCUUCUCCAAUUGUUAAUUUGGAAGCUAAUACAAAGACUGUUGUGUGUGUAGAAAAAUUUACCAGCUGUGAUAGUGAUAUGAUACGCAGCAAAUUCAAACGUUCUUGAAUUAGAACUUAUGUUUAUUGGAAAGAAAUUGAAAAGCUGAAAAGUAAAUAAUACACCCCAGUGUGCACGUCCACCGAAUUGCAAAGCUGUCCGCGCCUAGAGUUUAUGGUCAAACAUGUUGCUACCGGGCGUAAAUUGUAUGUUAGCAAAUGUAAACGCAUUCGUUUAAGGAGAUAUCAGUUCCCAUCGAAUAUCGCAAACCUCUUCUGACAUCGAUUGUGAUCAAUUUAUAAGGAAAAGUUCCCCGGUUGAUGUGUGAGGAAGCAUAUUUUUUCGCUCAGUUCUCUCCACAACCGAAGUCAACUUCAAAAAAGUUCCCUGGGAGGUUGAAAGAAGCAUCGAAAAUGACAUCGUUAGGAAUUAUGACACUGAGCCGUGGACCAUACAGCGAGCUCGAUAAAAUGAGCCUAUUUCAAGAUUUGAAACUAAAGAGAAGAAAAGUCGACUCAAGAUGUAGCAGCGACGGCGAAUCGAUAGCUGACACGAGCACAUCGUCUCCGGACCUUCUCCAACCACUGUCUCCGAAGAUGUGUGAUCAGCAGCAGCAGUCUGCGCAUCAAAAUCCAAAGGGCAGCAGCACUUCGUUGGCAAUCGGUGACGAUGGAUUGCAGAAGGAAUCGCCCGAAGCCCUAACGUCGCCACCAACAACACCGUCAACGGCAGACGAAGAGCACGAGCAGGUGUGUACAUCCGCCGCCAGUGGUUUUGACACGGUUGCGAACGAUAUUGGCAGUAACAGUGCUACAAAUAAUGAAACACACACCAUAAACACCAGCAAUAGUUACCAUAGCAAUCAUUUAAAUGGGAACGAAAUCAAAGAUGGAAAUGCACACUCGGACCAGCAGGAUCGGUGCAUUUCCGUCAGCUAUCAAGAUGAUGAUAGUAGUGACCCUGCAGAUGACAGUUCGUUGGCGACAUCCUCAGUGAAGUCUUCGCUGAGCGGGUACGACAACGGGACUGUUGCAAAUGCCGCUAACUUCAAGGACGAAGCGUACGGGUGUAGUCAUAGAGCGUCGCCUGAAUGUUCAGUCGAUGGUUCAAUAGAAGAACGAGUUGCAGCCGCUAGAAAUGGUGGUCGCGGUAGUGCCUCGAACGUAACCGCUGCUAGUGUGAUACGUUCUGUCGCUGAUGAACGGCGACCUCGGUCGGUCAAUCCUCCUACCAUCUCCAUAACAACGGCCACCACUACCAAGGAGCAAACCAGCAGUGCUAGUAGUAGCGGUAGUAACAGCAGCAGUAGCAGUAGUAGUAGUAAUAGUAACGCUAUUGCCACCACCAGUAAAUGCGGUCGAUUAGAUAGCACUACGAGCAGUAUCAACAUGCAAACAAGCCAUAAUACUAAUAACCAUCGCUGUGCUGUCACAACUACUACUACUGCUACUACUACUACUGCAUCUGUUAACGACUCUGGCGCUGGUAUGAAAAUGUUGAAUGCAACACAACCCCAACAAUACAAACACUACGGCGAAAGCUGUGCUGGUGUGGAGGAUGAUGUUGAUCAUAUGGCAGCACCGAACGGAAUGGUUGAAAGCGAUACUAUUAAUCCGAGUGCUAGCAAUGUCAGAGUUAUUGCAGGUAAUGUUCAAACGCAACAGCAGCAUGCCACGGUCCUUGUUACUCCGGCUCUGUCGCGUAUGAAAAACAAUCAUCUCGCGACCACAGAGGGGAAACAUACGGGAAAUGCAGUAUCCACCGCUGCGGCGGCUGCGGCUGCUGCAGCUACGACACUAGUGACAUUAGGAAUGCGGAAGCAGCAGUCAUUGCCACCUCUUUCUUCGGCAUUAACGGAAUCAACGUCUCCGCCAACAUCGUCGUCAUCCACAAAGGUAUCUCCUCCAUCAACAAUAUUAACUACAUCCUCAUCGAUAUCAUCGAACUCUACCGGCACGCCAUCGAAUGGUGGGCGCAGCUUCAGCAGCAACGGUGGCAGUCAGAACAAUAAUGGAAUACCGGAUCGUAUGCAUAGCGAUGGAAAUGAAGCGGAUAGUGAACAUCAUCAUAGUAGACAGAACACACAGUCACCGCCAUCGAUCGGUUCCUCAACACCUACUGAAACUGUCACUAUUGCCGCUACUGUUACUGCUAAUACUACCACUACUACUACUGCAACUAUCAUUUCCUCAGUGUCGCCUUCGGUAUCACUAUCCUUUCAGCAGCAUCAUCAACCGUCAUCUGUCGCAGCAGGUGGUUUAUCUUCAAAGAUCGUUUCUAGUCAAGUGAACGCCGAUGCUGGGAGUGUUGUUGUUGGUGCUAAUUCCAAAAAUCCCAACCAACCGCAACAUGUUAUCAUAACGCAGCAGCAAAUGCUACAAGCAAUGCACCAACAGAUACGCAUCAAAAAGGAACGUCAACAGCAACAAAUGGUUGUGGCGAAUUCUGCUUCACAGAGCAACCAUCGACCGAUCAACACAAGCUUUUCGCCCGUUGUUCAUCAGGCCCAGCAGUUAGUUAUCAAACGCGAACGUAGUGUAAGCGGUGGUUUAAAGUUACCGCACGCUGCUACCAGCCCCUUGGUACCAUCCCAUGCGACAAUUGUUCGCCAACCAGCCAAUAGUCCCGGACCGAUGGUUACACCGAUGCAGCCACCGUUGUCUCCGCAUCAGUUGUCCCUACCAUACCGUCAACCGAAUAGUCCUGCGCAAGUAGUAGGUUCGUCGUCAUGUGGAAAUCAACAGCCGCAAGUGAUCGUGAAACGCGAACGUGGAUCAUCCAGUCAUCAACAACAAUUUCACCAUCCAUCUUCUUCUAUUGCAAAUGCCGCUGUAUGUGUUAGUGGAUCUAAUCCAAUUGGAAGUUUCGCAACAAACAGUAUAAGUACCACAACAACAUCUUCCGUUGUAUCCACAGUCGGUAGUUUAUCCAUCCGGAAUCCGAUACGUGAUGCUGCUAUUUUGUUUCGUGUAAAAAAUGAAACAAACGCUGCCAAUGUGCUGGCUAUUCAACAGCAACAUCAGCAGCAGCAACAGCAACAACAACACCACCGAAUGGCAUGGCCUGGUCCAGCAACAUUAGUGGGAACUGCAGUAGUGUCUUCCGGGGCGGCGACGCCUCAUCGGAUCAACGGUGUUAAACCAGAAGUGAUCGGGGGGCCUUUGCCACCUAUACGAAGUCAGCUUUCUUCACCGCACCAUCACACUCAUCAACAGCAACAGCAACAACAGCAGCAGCAGCAACAACAACAGCAACAACAGCAACAACAUUCUCCCCAUCAUCAGCAACAAUCCUUGCAGCAGUCGCCACAGCAUCAUCAUGGCAGCCCGGGCCCAAUUGCAUCACAAACACCUCCACGUGCCACACCUACUGUUAUUAUGGGGGAAUCAUGUGGCGUUCGUACGAUGGUAUGGAGUUAUGACACUGCUCUGCAGCAACAGGUCCAUAAUACGGCUUCAUCCAACACAAUAAGUGGUGGAAGCUCAGGCGUAGAUACCGUGCCUGGCAUAGCCACGGUAAGUGGUGGCAUGGCAGGAAACAGCAUUGGCGGCACUCAUCUUCAGCAUCAUCAUCUUCAUCAUCAACAGCUGACGCAUCAUCAACAUAUGCAGAAUCAACACACAGGCGCCCCAGGUUCAAUAAACCAUCAUCAACAACAACAACAACAAGGAUCUCUCCAGGCGAAUGGUGGAACGGUAAAUGCUGGCAAUGGUGGUAUGAUCACCAGUAAUAGCAACAACAAUAGUACCCACAACAACGUCUCACCAAAUAGUAACAAUGAGGAAGCUGCACAUCUGCUUUUAAGCCUAGGUCAGUCAGUUGUACCGACAACGUCACCAACGGCUGCUGUUGCAGUAGCUGCGGCUGCGGCUGCUGUUGUAGCAGGUCAUACACAAGCAUGGCAAGCGGCAAAUCAUCCGCGCACUAACUUACCGCUCAAUAUGGAGCGACUAUGGGCCGGUGAUUAUGGGCAAUUUUCAACAGCGGGAUCUCAGCAGCAACAUCAACAGCAGCAGCAGGCUCUUAACCUGACCUCUCAACAACAGCAGCAGCAGCAGCAGCAACAACAACAACAACAACAUUUGUCUUGGAGCCUAAGCGGGACAGGAACUGGACCGAAAAAAGAAAUAUUAGACGACAUGCCACCGGACGAAGAUGACCAACCGUUAGUGUGUAUGAUAUGUGAAGAUAAAGCAACGGGGCUGCAUUACGGCAUUAUAACGUGUGAAGGGUGUAAAGGAUUCUUCAAACGAACCGUACAGAAUCGACGAGUCUACACGUGCGUUGCUGAUGGUACUUGCGAGAUCACAAAGGCCCAGCGUAACCGUUGCCAGUAUUGUAGAUUUAAAAAGUGUAUCGAACAAGGCAUGGUGCUUCAGGCCGUUCGAGAAGAUCGCAUGCCCGGCGGUCGAAACAGUGGAGCUGUCUAUAAUUUGUACAAAGUUAAAUAUAAGAAACAUAAAAAGAACAACCAGAAAACGACCAAUGCUAAGUUACAGCAGGGUACUGGUGCCAUUGGAACCGCCAUCACUAAUCUUAGUGACAUCGGAGUCGGAGCGGGAGGACCGCUAGGAAGUGGUCUUGCUUCCGUCGGUAGCGCAGAAAGUCCAAAAUCGACAAACAUGUACCACCAUUCGCAUGUAGCUACGCAUCUGCAACAACACCACCAUUUACCAUCAACAACUUCGCCAACAAUGGUAAAAUCAGAGAGCAUGAAUCUGAACUUAAUGAACGGUACCAUCCUCAAGACGGCCCUCACCAAUCCAAGCGAGAUCGUGCAUUUACGACACAGGCUAGAUAAUGCCGUAAGCUCAUCGAAGGAUCGGUCGAUCUCGUAUGAACAAGCCUUGAACAUGAUACACACCCUUAUUGACUGUGAUGCUAUGGAAGAUAUAGCGACCCUACCGCAUUUUAGUGAAUUCCUCGCAGAUAAGUCAGAGAUUGGCGAUAAGUUGUGUAAUAUUGGCGACUCGAUCGUACACAAGCUGGUCUCGUGGACGCGGAAGCUUCCGUUCUACACGGACAUUCCUGUCGAAAUACAUACCAAACUGCUAACAGACAAGUGGCAUGAAAUAUUGGUAUUAACUACGGCAGCCUACCAAGCGAUGCAUGGUAAGAAAAACAUCAGUACUACGCAAACGCAAAGCGGUAGCGGAGGGAUCGUGUUAGCGCCGGACAAAAAUGAUCCCGAAUUCACUGAAGAGAUAACAUCUCAUUUGCACACGCUUCAAUCCUGCCUUACCACCCUUAUGGGGCACCCGAUAUCAAUCGAACAACUUAAGAUCGACGUUGGCCAGAUGGUUGAAAAGAUGACCCAAAUUACGAUAAUGUUUCGUAGGAUCAAACUCAAAAUGGAGGAGUACGUUUGUCUGAAGGUGUACAUUCUGCUUAAUAAAGAAGUUGAAUUGGAAAGUAUUCAGGAAAGAUACAUACAAGUACUUAGAAGUUAUCUACAGCACACAGUUCCGCACAAUCCGAACCGACUGAGUGAUCUUUUGGCACAUAUUCCUGAGAUUCAAACGGCAGCUAGUUUGCUCCUGGAGAGUAAAAUGUUUUACGUACCCUUUGUUCUAAAUUCGGCAAAUAUCAGGUAGCGAAUGAUCGAUCGUGGCGUAACGUUAACAUCGAACAUUCAUCGAAUUUCGUGCGUUGAGCGUAUUACAAAUCCAAAGAAUUCGGAGCAAAAUGUUACACACCGUGACAAGCUGACCCACGACGAACGCAUCUGUGCGAACGGGCAAGCAUUAUUCGAGUGUGACAACCAUACCGUCUCCCUUUUGACCGACUAUUCCCCUCCUUCAGUGGGGCGCACAAUUCACGAGCGAGAAAUUACGCACCAUUGCCACGAAGCGGCUCCCAUCUUGCAGACCAAAUCGGUCGAGACUGUACCAAAAAGGCUUACUGCUGCUAAGGUGAGGCCACACGAUAGCAACCUUGAUAGUGUAGACAGUACCAAGAGUAGCACCGAGAGCAUUAUCAGCGCCAAUAGUCCUUUCACUGCCGAAACACAUAUGAUUAACGUAAAUAAUCGUACUGCUAAUAAUAAUUACAUUGUACAUAACGAUACUACUGACUACACCAAUAGCACCAAUGCCGUAACAAUAUUUGUCAUUAAAACAGUGUUACCUGAUGAUUAGUAACUUCGAUACAUUCGAGGCCAUAAUAAAGCACAGUCUAUAUAUAUAUAUACAUAUACAUAUAUACGCAUAUAUAUGUAUAUAUAUAGGAUACGUAUCCGUUUAUAAAUUUUGACUAUGACCACAACCUUCAAAACACGUUAGAUAGGUAGUAAUACGCAUCCGCGCAAUGCAUGAUAAGGGUGUGUGUGUCCCCAUCUAUAUCAUUCUAACACCUUUCUCUGCUUCUGAACAUAGAGUUCCGUCCUUGGAGGAGACGCUUAAUGACUCGAGUCACACAUUUACCCAAGCAAAGAACACAGAGACCGACGCAGUAAACCGUUCGUUGCUGUAUUGUUCAGUGAAGUUGGUUUUGCCCAUACUGGCGAGGCCUUCUCCCCCGUUAGCAGUUGAGAUAAACACUAAACACCGAAUUUUCUAGCAGUAACUUCGUCGCGGUGGUUUUGCAAUGUUACACUCUACUUGUAUGUAACGCAUUUAUUCGAACCAAUGUUGAUUAGCCGGGGGAUCAGUUUAGAAUGUAAUUGGUAAGUUUUUUUUAAUGAUUGCGUUGAGUUUUAUGUAAUGGAUAUGUGCGUAAGAAUCAGGUGCUGUUAUCAGUUCAUGAGGGUUUUAAGGAUCACCGGUACGGAGCAAUGGUUAAAUCCCAACAUCCCUGUAACAACAAUGCAAGAAGGUGUAUACACGCCAUGUCUAAACAAAUGGUCACGUAACAAGGAUAACUAUUGAAAUAGGAUGAUGGAAAAGGAGAUGAAAAAAACAUAUGCACAUAUAGGAGCGCUGAAGUAGUAUGGCUGAAUACGUAUUGUAUCAUUCGUACUCUGAUUGCAAGUAGGGGAGGGGAAGUUUCGGUGGGGGUGGGGGGUUUGGGGGGGAACAGAUAGAGUGAACGAGGGAAAAGAAAGUAGUAAACGGAAUGGCCAAAACAGCCACUAGCCUAUUGUUGUGUUUUUCGUUUCUUUGUUUGUUUGUUUGUUUGUUUGUUUUGGUCAACCACUUGCCGGCCAGAGCGUGAUACGAUCAGAUUUUUUUUUUACCAUUUACGUUGAUAGAAUUAAACAUGAAACAAGCUAAACAUCAUAUUCAUUCAUUCAUAAGGUAACACUCAUACACACGAUUUCAGAUUUGUGCGGUUCAGAUUAGCUAGCGGCGUUUAGCAAUUAGCAUUAUAAUAAUAUACAUAAACGCAAAGUAGCGCGCGAACUACAUCUGAUGUUGGGGAAGCUCAUGAAAACAUUCGAGGAAAUUUAUUUUCCAACACUAGGAAGUCUGAUACGAAUGCCUUCUAAUAUUGAUAUAGUAAAUUAAUGUGCAUAAGAGGAACCUAGACAGACGGUGGUGAGAGGGAGAGAUAGAGAGAGAGAGAGAGAGAGAGAGAGAGAGAGAGAGAGACAGAGAAAGAAGGUGAGUAAACACGCCAGAGAUUUACAAAUAAUUAAUAGACGAUUCAAAGAAAUGAAUCGUAAUAGAGAAGAAGCAAACACAGGAAAAAACACAAACAAAACGAACAAGAGAUCAAAGCAUAAUGACUGAUAACGACCGUCAGUACCAUGUAAAGGCAAAUGGUAGAGCGAAAUCUCUUAAAUGCUAAAAUAGAACUAAGUAGGCAGAUGUAUCAGAAGGAAAUUUUAUUCUGCUGAUCACAUGUGUGUGCGUACAGUUUGCCGGUUGAAACCAACUGUUGCACUUUUUUGUUAUUUUUUGUUUUUUUUUUAUUACACGAAACAAACCAAACACAUGGAGUUUCUUUUUCCGUGCCUAUAUCCUAGAACUAGUAGCGUUUGAAGUGGAUAGAUUUGAAGGAAUAAUUAUUGUAAAAUUUAACCAUAUUUCUUUUCCUUCCCAUCAAACUAGUUUGAAAAUCUAACUACUUUCUACUGCGCCGAUAUGAAAAUUAGGACCUAGUUUCGUACACGCGGCCACGUUUAUUUGCCAAUCAGAAAAGCUUGAAGAGAUUAAAACUUGUGUACUUGCGGUUUGAGAAUACUGUUAUCCCGAUCGACAGGAUCUUUCCAGUACCCUUCGCAUAAACGCAAAAACCCUGCCUAUUCUACUUACUUAAAACAAACGAAAUGACCAAAGUGUGUGUGAGUGUGUUUGUGCGUUGUCCUAAUUAUAUCUUGGCUUUUUUUAACAUAACUGCACUUAUGUUUUAUUGCUUUUAGCUACACAUUUCCUCUACCAAACAAAUCUUGUUUUGUUUGUUGUUUUUUUUUUUCGUUGUUGUUAUCUCUUGCAAGUUUGCACAUUCAACAGCUGUUUCUUCGUCUUUUUGUUCUUUACCGUUUGUUAUCAUACUACUGUCAUACAUGUAUUUUUGUUCUUGAACCACAGAUAAGCUUAUUACACAGUUAAAACACAGUUAUUAAUGAUCAUUGUCCUGUUUAAUAGAAUGGCUAAUACAUAAUUCAUAGUUGAAUAAUGAAAUGUAUGAUAAAAGAAGAGGAAACAAAACGACAGCAAAACAAAAUAUACAAAUGUUUAUCCAGAAUACAGAUAUUCGUCGCACAUAAGCUGACGAUACCGUAAUUGUGUAAUAUACGUACUGGCGGAUAUACACUGACUCAGAUGUGAAAAGAUGUGUGUACACAUGUAUGGAUGAAUGCUUAUCGCCCUGAGUCUCGAUCAAUUCAUUCAAGCUUUCAUUCGAGCACGUUUUGCAUUGGACGGACGACAGUUUCCAUAGAUCGAUACGUUGAUUUCUUUUUCGGUGUUCUUUUUGUUUCAUUUUUGUUUGUUUGGCAAUACGAUAAGACUGCAUCGACUUUUUGAAGUAAGCUUCGUUUCGUCACUGAAUGUAAGGAAAAUCCGGUAGAUAUAUAUAGAAGGAAACGGUAGUUUCUUUUAAAUGUUAUUUAGUUAGAAUGACUAUAACGUUACUGUGCAACUGUUUUAGAAAUAGAAAGUCUAAAGAGACGUCUGCAUUACGUCCUCAUCAAAUCAUCAUCUUGCGCACCACCACGUUCCUCGACUGUUCUGUAAUAAUAGAUGCUCUAAAUCUUACCGAUUGAUACGCAUACCAAUUUCCUAUCGAUUUUUGUUUUUUUAAAGCUCGAUAGAAAAUUUAAAGUCCACUAAGAAAAUUGAUUUGUUGUACGCGGUAUAUCGCUUACAUUUUAAACAUUAUUAGAGCAGUUUUGUUUGAAACUUUCACUGCUUCAUGAUAUACUCACAGGGGUCUGUGUGGGCUUUUUAUUAAUGAGUUAGCGCAUAAACUCCACGAUAACAUCCCACCCACUGUCACAGGAGUAUUUGGAAAAAGGAAUGAGCGAAACAGAAAAAGUUGGUAGUUGUUCCUUCCUUUUUGUGUAUUGCAUUCUCCCAAAAAUGUGUGUACCAAGGCCCCGCGUUGUUGGGGCGCACAUAUUCUUGUUUUAUUUAUUAGUAAAAUGUGAACAGUUUAUAAUGCUAUACACCUACAUAAUUAAGCGUAAAUGUACCAAUAAUAUCCAGGCAUCUCGUUUUGGCACGAUUGCUGAUGGUUGUAGCAAAUCGUGCUGCGCAUGUUUCUGUCAAGCGUAUCUCAAUAAAACAAAUUACAAUCCUUACACAAAAACAUAAGAAGGAGAAGAAGAACUAAAAAACAAACACUAAAUGCCCCCCGUACCCCUUAGUAGCAGUCAAAAUAUAUAGUCGCACAUAAGAGCAAAAACAAAAAGCAAAAAACCAAAUAAUUAGAUGAUAGUGAACAACACAGUGUUGUUCGCCGGUUACGUUUUAGUUACUCUUUUUUUUUGUUUAUAUUGCGCCACAAUGUAUAUGUGUUUUGUGUUGGGGUGUAUGUGUUUGUGUGUGCUUUGUGUGUGUGUAAAUUGAGAAAAUUAAGGGUCAAACAGCAGGACAUCAAGGAAAGCGUAUGUGCGCCCAUACAAAAAUGUGAGCAUUUACACCAUGUCGUGUGGCGUUUUGGCCAAAGGUCAUGAAAGGAUUUGCAUGUAUUUACUCCACAAAGAAAGAAGAGGAUCGUUUAGUUCGGUAUGAUGGUGCUGUUUGUAUAAGGAUAGGAAGAUAAAAAAUGAACGAAAUAAGUUUUGGAACACAAUUUUUUAAAAGUAAAGACCCUACCCCACCCUCCCACUUGCCUACUAUUUGUUGAUCUUCGGUUUUUUUCGUCCUUUCUUGUGCCGAUCGCAAUCAAUCGCAAAUCACGUUGGCGCAUUAGUUAAACUCAAUGCGCUCAAUAACCAAAACCCCCCCGCAUUGUUACCGGUGACACCAUUACGCUACAUAAUGUUAAACUAUAUAUUUAUACUGCACCACAAGUCAAUCCAUUUUGCAAACACGUGCACAAACCACGAGUGAUGGUGUUAAACAAGACUGCUUAAAAGAAGUGUCUGAUCUUAUGUGUUAUAACGUGUUCCGAAAGCAGGGGCUAUAGAUUCGUACGGUAUUACACAGGAUUAGUUAGAAUGAUAUCUGGGUAGCUUCUUGUUUGUAAAAUGCAAUAGAUGAAGUGUGUGGAGUGAACGAACAUACUAUUCCAUAUUCCAUACGUAGGGAAAAUCCACAGACGACGAACAGAUGCCGUUGCAGGUGCGUUGCAACUUGACUUGAUAUGAACCUGAAUUACGAUUCCAAACCGAACUUUCAGCGACAAAUGGCAUUUUACAUUAAUCAAGGCAAAUGAGAUGAGACACCUAGUUUGCUGAUCUCUGAGGAGAGUAAAGUGUGUAAAACAAAAACAGUCCUUAAACGUACUAACACAGGGUUCUGCGGUUUGAUGAAACACAGCAACAACAAAAUCGUUUACCACCAAUGCGAGCGCAUUUUUAGUUUUAUAUUUCAGUUGUGUUUUUCUUGUUUUUUGUAUUUUUUAAAAGUUGGCCACUUGUCAAAUAUGGUAUGUUUGUUUAUUUGUUCACACUAAUUUUCACACCCGGGAAAAACUUUGUCCAAUUACUCCGGAAACUUGUAUUUAUGUUAGGUAGGUGAUAAGCAGGACACGCUGAAUACAUCGUCGUAAAGCACUGUGUACACUACUUGUCUUGUGUUGGAGACUGUCGAAAAAUCGACUUCUCCUCUCCUUAGAAAGACGAGGAACCAUAUGUGUUGUAUUAUUAAACCACUUAGAAUAAACAUAUAUAGAUAGAUCGUUAAGCAGAAGCAGUAAAACAGGUGGUUCAAAGUUACCAAAAGAAGAUGAAGAAGAACUAGAAAGCGCGCGCGCGCGGAACGAACGCAAACACAAACAAAAAGAGAAACGCAAGCCCUUUAAGUGAUUUUAUUAUAGUCUGCUUUAUCAGCGCAUCAUUUCUUUUUGAUCGUGAUGAUUAUUAUUGUUUUUUUUUUUUUAAAUUUGCUUAUAUUAGUUUCAUCCUUUUAGAGGUAAUCGUGUUUUUUUUUAAAUAAACUCAUACAUGUAACGCGAGUACUUCAAAUUGGAAAACAAUGAACGAAUGAUGAUGACUGGGUAACAAACAAAUGCGAAAGCGUUCUUCUUUACGCUAUAGUGAGUACUUGUGUUAGUAUGCUUAAGGACUUCUGCUGAACUUCUUUUUGUUUUUUUUGUUGGGACAGUAUUUAUCAUCGGCAAAUGUUUUGUUACUGUAGGUUUUAAUGAAUUAUUUGCUUGCUGGACUAGGGCUCUGCCAGUACUAGGGCUCUGGUGGUACAUUAUGGUAGCAGAUGUAACUACCGUUAUUGCUAUACUUUUUGAAGUUUUGUUUUUUGUUGUUGUUUAUUUUGCCCUGCCCUUACGUUUAAAGUGCAUCUAGCGCCACCCGUCUUAUAGAAUGUCCUGUGCAUCGCAAAAAACACACAUACACAUACGUACAAGUGCUGCAACCAUAGAAAGAACAGAACAAUAUUGUGAUGCGUGAGAUGCGUUUAAUGUAACGCGCAGAAGAAGCACUAUUGUGAACCAGAACUGCCAUUUACUACUAGCCCUACUAAAGGUACACCAGCAACCACAGCACUGCAAUUGUCGCAACAACAAAAAAAACGCAAAACGUGUGCAAGUAAAAGUAAUCGUACAACAUUGAACUACAGCAAUACUGCAGCGAAUGGUAAAUUGCAACAACGCGUAUGUUUGGAAGUUAUUUCUUUGUAUCCACAUUUAGCUUGAACUUUUAUUUUCUUCUCUUCUCGUUAGAUAGACAGGUUUCGUUUGCUUAACGUAUUGAAAGGAGCGUUUUGUUUCCUUCUCUGCAAGUAGUGACAAAUGUUAGUAUUUGCGAUACACAAAUGACACUUUUCCAUGUUUGAAAAUGACACACAUUAUUAUACAGUGUAACACAUUGCUUAUACAUAACUGGUACGAAGAUCGAGAAAUUGGUGAUUAUUAGUGAUUUAACAAAUCCACCUCGAAAUAUGUAACUGCCAAUAGUAAGCUGCCGUUUUUUUCAUAUACUUAUCCAUUACAUACGUCUCUUACAACAACAACAUACGCCACUAGCAACACCCAAAAACUUAACAUCUAUCACUAAAAGGAAGCUGGAAAGGAAGCACUGCCACAUGAUGAUAAGGUUAAUUUUUAUGAAAACAAAACAGUUAAUUAAUGUUAAUUAAUAAAUGGAUAAAGGCGCACCGCAUUAAAGCUAGGAAGCAAGACGAAACCAUAAAGGGGAAAGUUGCAUGAUAGUAACUGUUAUAUACACACAUAUGGUGGUAUGAUAGCAAAAGUAAACUUAAUCCGAAAGAAACACACACACACACACACACACAUCGUAAACAUUAUAGAUUGAUGUGGAAGAUAGAAAAGCAAAUGCGUGCUUUUCUGUUAAGUGUGACAUGCAAAUCGGAAACUAAACCGCGGCCGCCCUAAUUAUUCACGAACGAAAACAUGUUUCGCAUCGUGUUUUGCGUGGAUAAAAGGAGAAAAUAACGGAGAAAAGGCAAACACACACACACACACACAUACACACACACUCUUAGGCAAAAUUAGUUUACGAGAAAAUGCUAGCGUUAUAAUUUAAAACAAAAACACAUAAGCGACAUUUCCCAACAUUAGAAUUAACAACAUUUGAAAUAAAAAAAACAACACUCAAAACAAAGAUGAAAAAAAAUAAUAAGCGACUGAUGAUGAAGCUGCAAGGAAAAUCUAGUGGGGAUAAUACAAUACCUGACACUAAUUUUGUGCAAAGAAGAAAACGAGUAAUAAAAUAAGAACAAUAUCAA